CAACCGCUGGUCCCAACGGCCGGCGGGCGGUGGCUUCCGCGCGUCCCCGCCUCCGCUUCUCCUGCGGAUCUCUGCGUCCUAGGUCUGGCCGUCCUAUGUUUGGCCGCCUCCCGGUUUCUCCGUGUUUCUGUCGCCCUCUUUAUUCACUUUUCGAGGUUUGUGUCUGUGUCCGCAGUGUCUCUUUCCUGCCUCCGUUUCCCUAGCCUUGCUCAUUCUAUGCUUUGGUGUCCGAGAUCUGAGGGCCUGCCCCCGCGCCCAGCUCUGCCCGAGAAAGACGGAGGAGCCGGGGUUCUGCGCAGUGGGAACCCCUGAGGCCACUGAUGGAAGCCAGAUUACCUGGACAUCGGACCAUGAACCCCUGUCCUGUGUGGGAGCAGAAGACUGGCCGAGUAUACCUAUUCUUCAUCUGUGUGUGGGGCCAUGUCACCGAGCGUCAACAGAUUAUGUCAGGCAGGAAUGCUGCCCGCCUUUGCUUCAUUUGUAGUAAGGACUCAGGCUAUUCAUGGAGCGACGUGAGGGACCUGACUGAGGAGGUCAUUGGCGCAGAGGUGAAACACUGGGCCACAUUUGCUGUGGGCCCGGGUCAUGGCAUCCAGCUGCAGUCGGGGAGGCUGGUCAUCCCUGCGUAUGUCUACUACAUCCCUUACCGGUUCCUUUGCUUCCGGUUACCAUGUAAAGCCAGGCCUCAUUCCCUGAUGAUCUACAGUGAUGACCUAGGAGCCACAUGGCACCAUGGCAGGCUCAUUAAGCCCAUGGUGACAGGGGAGUGCGAAGUGGCAGAGGUGACUGGGAGGGCCGGCCACCCUGUGCUGUACUGCAGUGCUCGGACACCAAAUAGGAGCCGUGCAGAGGCUCUCAGCACUGACCAUGGUGAAUGCUUUCAGAGGCUGGCCCUGAGCCAACAGCUCUGUGAACCCCCACAUGGCUGCCAAGGCAGCGUUGUGAGUUUCCGGCCCUUGGAGAACACACAUGGGUGCCAGGACCCUGCUAGGAAAGAUGAACCUACCAUUCAGCAGAGUCCUCUGCUGGACAGCUCACAGGGGCUAGAGCAGGAAGCUGGAACAGGGUCAGAAUCAUGGCUCUUGUACUCACACCCAACCAAUAGGAAGCGGAGGCUCAACCUAGGCAUUUACCUCAACCGGACCCCCUUGGAGGCUGCCUGCUGGUCCCACCCCUGGAUCUUGCACUGCGGGCCUUCUGGCUACUCUGAUUUGGCCGCUCUGGAGGAGGGCUUCUUUGGAUGUUUGUUUGAGUGUGGGUCCAAGCGGGAGUGUGAGCAGAUUGCAUUCCGCCUGUUUACAGACCGAGAGGUCCUGAGCUACGUGCAAGGGCACUGCCCCAGCCCUGGUAGCAACUCUGAGCCAAUUCAAAACUAACUGCCUUAGGAUACAAAUUUCCACAGGAGGGAAACCAUAGAAAGCAACCACAGCCAGGAUCACGGAGGCCAGGAUAACAGAGGUUACUAAAGUCUGCAGGAAUCCCAAGGCUUCCUACUUUUUUGUACCCCUCCAAAGAGCAAAAUGAAAAUUUUGCCAUAGUUAUUGCAGUGGCAAUAACACUGAACUGUGUGGGUUGGGAGACCAUGAUGUGAUCCUGGGCCGGCCACUGGCUUGCUUUGGGACCUUGGACAUGUGGCCUGAACUCUGGACCUCGGGUCUGCAUCUGUAAAAUGAGAGGAUUGGUUCUGUGAUUUCUCUUCUUCCCACCCCAGGGAAAGGCACAGUGCCAGCAUGCUCCGUGGUCAGCAAGUCCUGGCUGCAUCUAGGACUCAAAAUGGAGGUCAGAGGAUUCAUCUUGUCAAAUGACUCACUGCUCGUCCAAGUGUGAGGUGACAAGCAGGUGUCAUGGCAUGAAGAAAGAUCUGGAUGGUUUGUUCAAUUUUUAAUAACAGAAAACACCCACACCCUUCUAAUCAUGCUCAGAGCUCCACAGGCCCUCUGUCCUAGAGGAAUUGGACAAGACAGCAGAAUCAUGAGGUCACCUACCUUCUCCAGCUCUGCAACUCUGCUCAGCCUUCCCUUCCUCAGCCAGAAAGCAUGAUUUCCUAGGGAGAAAAAGAGAAGCUCGACGCUGGUGGGCCUCAUUGUUUCUUAUGGCUUUACUCCUAUGAAAGAUGCACCUGAAAUGCAUUUAUUAGGAUGCCUCCUGAUAGGAAAAGGACAUGGGUUAGGACUUUAAAGUGUUGGACAAAACCUCCCACGGCCUCUGCUCUCAAGGAGCUUACAGUUUAUGAGGCCAGAAGAGGGAGAAAAUUCAAGGAAAUAAAUGCAGCUGGUGGGAUAGCGUGUAGACAUUGGCUGUAAGUUGGUGUGACAGUCGCUCCUGACGUCACCGUCUUAGUUGCAUCUUCAUUGUGCCUGGAGUCAUGUGACCCAGGACUUGCCCAGGCUGCUGGGUUUUCCCCAGGUUUGUUUUUCUCAGGUUGUUGUUCUGGCCCAGCCACUCCCUUCAUCAUGAGGAAGGCCUCUGGAAUCCCAGACCUCUGCCUCGGGUCUGUCUAUUUGGACCUACUGAUACCGCUGUUUGUGAAGUGGGGAUGCCUCUGUCUAAUAGAUUUGGGGCUGAGUGUCGCCAAUGCUGGGUGAUACCAGAUGACACCAGAUUGGGUGUUUUAUUUUAGACGGUUCCCCCCCGAAGCCUGUGCUUGUGAGAGAAAUUCUGUCAUGAGGGAUUUCUUAUCCCUAUUUUAGGAGGAUAAUGCCAUAAACUGGUACCAGCUAAAUAUAUAUGGUUAUUAGGUAAUGCCCCCAGAGAAUAAGUCGUAGUGGUGGAGUAUAGCCUAGGAGGCUAACGGGUGCAGUUGUCCUAGCCAGAUGACAGAAGAGACCUGUAGGAGGACAGUAGAGAUUAACUUCACCUAGGUCAGCGUAUGGCUUACGCCCAUGUCAUAGGGUAGCUUUAAAAAAAUCCCCUUAGCCUCUCAGACAUUUUUCAGUUAUCUUCCCAGGACUCAGAUGUGAUCAUUCAUUCACUCAUUCCUACAUUUAUCCAGGUAUUCUUGAGUGUCUUGCAUCAUGGAAGGAGCAUUCUGUUGCCUUUCAUGGUUGAAAACUUGGGCUCUUCAUUGCCCACUGAAGGGUACUUGCAUUUAGCCUGGCACGUAGGACCUUCAGUUGUUGGGUGAAAUAGUGAUUACUUAUUUGUACUUCUUUAUAUGAAGCCCACUGUCAAAAAAGACCUCUGUCAAGUUGGACAGUGGAGGAAGGUGGGGGUUUCAGGGUGGACACAGGGAGGAGCUGGGAAAGGGGAGAGGAUUACGAAGCCAGCCCCUGCCUGAAUAGUAGAAACUUCUUGUUCGGGAAAGCUUUCCUGAGCAUCAUACUCCACAUAGAUAGGACUAAGGAGGAUGACUACAUUCUACAAUCAGGGCUAAGGGGCGGAGAGAAUGAGAACAUCAAGACUUCUUUGGGGCCAUCCAAGAAGGGAGUCCGGUAAGGGACCUCAGUCCCAUGCUAGUGUGGACCACAGAUGACCAGCACCAGGACUCCUCAGAUCUGUCUGUCUCUGAAUUGCCCUCCCUUUUCUUCACUUUCGCCUCAUGUUUGCUUCUGCAUAGUGACUAGCACUGAAACUCUUAUUAGGCAAAGGGCCUGUGUGCACAUUAAAGGGAUAGCAAGAAAAGAGGGUUGGGGACAGACGUAAUCCAGAAUGAGGACUGGAGAGAGGAACAGUGGGUGGCGGCAGCUGUGAAGAAAAAGAACAGUAGAUAGGAAUCCUGGCAGAGAAUGAGCAUGAAUACAAAGCCUAGGAUGGAACGACGGUAUAAGUGAUGGUUGCUGUGUGGAAAUAACAGCAGGCUGGAGCUGCUCUCUGAACUGUACGGGAACAGAAAGGCCUGCACAGGGCAACAGGUUAGGCUGCAGAGAAGUUCCUACCCAACCCCAUAACUUGAAGCUGGCUCAACUUGGCCAUGUUCCAGGCGAUCCACAAAAACAGCUGCAGGCACUCCAACUCUGUGCCCAAAAUCUUCAGGGCCCUGGGGCCUAUCCUGGUAUCCUAACCGAGCCCAUUUCAGCCACUCUCAGGUUGGUAGAAUGGAAAAGAUAGGGCAGGUGAUGGCAGCUGUGAAGAAAAGAGGAAAGCAAACCGAAGGCCUGUAGUCCAGAGAUGUGAAGAGAGGACUGCAUAAGGCUGUGGUCCUCUGCUCACAGAUGCCCCACCCUGUUCUGGGGCCCUUACAGUGGAUCCACGCAGCAGGCUGCCCACCACUGGAAGUGCGGGGUACACAGACCAGCCUCCCACGGCCCCCCAGCCUGCUGUCCUGCUCAUGCUCCCUAACUCCUGGGUCCUUACUCCAAGGUUCCUGAUGUUUACCUCAGUCCUUUGCCAUUUGGCCCUUGUUAUUUGGAUCUUUUUCCUGGUCUCCAGUCCUCAGAUAUCCACAGGAUAUCAUGCAACUGUGGCCAUCGGGAACAGACAUUGCACCUUGUCUGUUGGGCAGCCCAAGAGACCCACAGAGGCCCCCUGAGGCUGCACAGCCUCCUCCCUGGGACGGUGGGAUUCAGUACUCCCACUUGGGCCAGUUAAGGCUGCCCAUUCUUCUCAAGUAGGCCGUGAAUUUUCCCUACUACAAUAUUCCAUGGCUGGCGUGGCAUCCUUCUCUGUGCUGCUGGAGUGCAGUUUGAGCCUCCCUGCGGUCCUGAUCACAGGCGGCCCUGUGUUAUUGUCUGUGCUGUGCCCUCUAGGCCUCCGCUAGACUGUGAACUCCUUGAGGGCCAAACCUGUCUGAUUCCUCACUGUCCUUUUCACCUUGAAUCACAGUGACUUAUUUAUAAACAUGUGCUUUUUCUGUCAUAUUCUGAAUUCCCUGAAGAGAAGGACUCUGUGUGAGUCCUCUCUUUGUCCUCUGCACCCAGCACAGGGCCUGGCACAGAAUAGACAGCAGUCAAGUUAUGCUGAAUUAAUAAAGGUUUUAAAGACCCUUGGCCUCCUGGAGCUAAUUGGGAAGCUAGAGGGAGUUUCCCCCCAGGGAGGAGUGUGUUGCAUCCCUCUGUGGCUUCAGAGCCCUCGUAACCUGGUGGACACGCACCCUAAUGAGCCUUCUCUGUGCCGACCUGCUUCCAAGGACAGUCACAGCAUUUCCUGGGAAUAGCUUUUCUCUGGCUUGAGCUUGGUCCUGCCUGAUGUCCCAAGGAUCACAGUCCAAGCCCAAAGCCAAGCCUUGAUUUGGGGUUCUCAUUUCACUGGUAUUCCCCUUGGGUCUUUGGUUGGCUUUUCUGUAACUGCCACUCCUCUGGGACUCAGAGGGAGUUGCUGGGCUCAGCAUGUUCCGAGUGUGUCUUGGCUCUGUGAUCCCAGGUGCCAGAAAUGCUCUCUGUACUGUUAAAACAACCAUGACUCUUUGAAACAAGAAAGAUGAAUAAAAAGCAGAAUUCUGGU